GUGUCUGUGUGUGAAACAGCCUGCGCCUCCACCUCCCUCUUAUUUCUACGACGACGCCACAUAAUCAGCGUGUGCGCAGCAGCUCACAGUCAACACGGAGAAGCACCUGGAGCAGAUCUGCUGUGCAGGGUCAGCAGUCACUGGUCCAGGCCUGCAGCUUUUGUCUCAGCGCCAAUGAGUAGGUUACGCAUCCUGCUCCAGGCUGAUCCUACCACUCGUUUUAUAUACGGUCUGUGGUGAAUGUUGGAGGCAGCAGCUGACAGUGGAGACAUGGCAGAAGCGGAGUUACAAACCUUUGCCUCCAUCAUGGACGCGCUGGUUCGCAUUAGUUCAAACAUGAAGAGUAUGGAACAGGAGCUGCUCUGCCCAGUGUGUGAUGAGAUGGUGAGGCAGCCUAUCCUUCUACCAUGCCAGCACAGUGUGUGUCUGCUGUGUGCAGCAGAGGUGUUGGUACAAAGAGGUUAUCCUCCCCCAGAUCUCCCUCCUGAGCCAAACUCGCCAGCCUCCACACCCAGCACCCGCUCUCCACGCCAGACACGCAGACCCACACCAAGGACCCCUGACCGCCUGGAACGCGUCGUCAGAACAGUGUGUGGUACAUACCCAGGGCGAAGGCGGAGGGACAUCGCCCCUCCCCCCAUGCUGUUCCCAUGUCCUUCCUGUCAGCAGGAUGUGGAGCUUGGAGAAAAAGGCCUGACUGACUGCUUCCGCAACCUCACCCUGGAGCGUAUUGUGGAAAGGUACAGACACACAAUGAGUCUUGGCAGCGUUGCCAUCAUGUGUGGUUUCUGUAAGCCCCCUCACUCUCUGGAGGCCACUAAAGGCUGCGCUGACUGUAAGUCCAACUUCUGCAACGAGUGUUUCAAACUCUACCACCCAUGGGGAACACCCCGAGCUCAGCAUGAACACAUUCUACCCACCAACAACUUCAGGCCAAAGGUCCUAACAUGCACAGAACACGAGCAGGAGCGAUUGCAGUGGUACUGCCGCAACUGCCACAGGUUGCUGUGCUCACUCUGCAAGCUUCAGCGUGUCCACCAUGGACACAAAGUGUUGCCUGUAGCACAGGCCUACCAGGCUCUUAAGGACAAGGUCACAAAGGAAGUCAACUUCAUCCUGGCCAACCAGGAGACAAUCCAGAGCCAGAUCACUCAGCUGGAAGCUGCCAUCAAACAGAUGGAGGCUAACAGCUCAGUGGCUCUGCAGCAACUGACCUACUGUAUCCGGGAGCUGGGAGCAGCUGUAACCGAGCGUCAGGGAGCUUCGGCUCUGGCCCUGGAGGCAUCUCGGAGCAGGAGGGAGGAGGCUGUGUCUGCUCAGGUCUCAGAGAGGCAUGGCCUGCUGGAACAUGAAGGUCUGAUGGCAUACACAGUGGAGCUGCUCAAGGAGACCGAUGCACCCUGCUUUGUUCAGGCUGCCAGAGUCACUCACAGCAGGCUGGUGAAGGCCAUAGAGCACCUGCAGUGUUUCUCUCUAGCUGCUGAUCCCUCCUUCAGACAUUUUCACUUAGAUGCAUCCAAAGAGGUCAAGAUUAUCAACAGCUUGGAAUUCAUACAUGCCCCUCUCGCUCCAGUCAUUGACACUCAGAAGACGUUAGCUUAUGACCAGCUGUUUUUGUGCUGGCGCCUUCCUCAGGACUCGGCCCCAGCUUGGCACUUCUCUGUCGAAUACCAGCGACGAGCAGGAGGAGCUGGGGCCACAUGGGGCGGCACCAGAUCUCCUAGCACCUCAACGUCCUGGCAGCGCCUUGACGAAGUGAGAGGAACGAAUGCCGUGAUUGACCGGCUGCAGAUGGACAGCGUGUAUGUGCUCAGGGUGAGAGGAUGCAACAAGGCCGGGUUUGGAGAGUACAGUGAAGAUGUGUACCUUCACACUCCGCCAGCGCCUGUGUUGAGUUUCUCCUUGGACUCUCGCUGGUGUUUGCAUGCUGACAGGCUGGCCCUCGGUAAAGGCCAAACCUAUGCUCGCAGUGUUCCCGGCCUCUCUCUCCUGCAAGCGGCUGACCACACACUCACGUCUUGCCACUUGUCCUCUGAUCUGCUGGUUGCAGACUUGGCUGUCACUCAAGGUAGACACUACUGGGCAUGCUCCGUGGAGCCUGGUUCCUACCUGGUAAAGGUGGGAGUAGGGCAGGAGGCUAAGCUACAAGAGUGGUUCCACCUCCCUCAAGACAUCGCCAGCCCUCGUUGUGACCCAGACAGUGGCCAUGACAGUGGGCCUGAGGACGGCCAGGACUCCCCUCCCUUCUUCUUCCUCACUAUGGGCAUGGGUAAGAUCCUUCUUCCACAAGGACAGAGUCACAGUCAGAGCCAGGGGGACAGUCAGAGCCAUGGAGGAGUGCACUCCCAUAGUAGUAGCCAUAGUAACCUGUCUCGCCCUCACACUGCUCCUCUGCCACCACGACUGGGAGUUUGUCUGGACUGUGAUAAAGGACGAGUCACGUUCUACGAUGCUCACUCCUUGCGGAUCCUCUGGGACGGACACGUGGAUUGCUCAGCUCCGGUGUGUCCGGCGUUCUGCUUCAUUGGUGGAGGAGCACUGCAGCUUCAGGACCUCGUGGCCAAUCGGAGCAGCGAAGAGCCGCCGCCGCGGAGGGUGACCAUCCAAACAAGAGCAACGAAUCUCAGCAAAUGAAUAAGGGGAUUGUUUUUGGAUGCAGCUCACUGAACACAUGUGGCAGUGAGUUGAUAAUAUGACACUUUUGAUACUUGACUGGACUGUUUCUGCUCAAUGUGGCAGGAUUUCCCUGUGGGUGUGAUUUUGGUUUGCAUCUGCACUUGAAAAUAUCAAAUCUUUCUGUUCGCUUGAUGUAGUUUUGAGUUUGUCCUUCUUUUUUGUCUCCUUGACUAUGAACAGUGUGGCUGAAAUGGUUCUAUGCAGAAUACUGUUGACAGGGUGAGUCAAACACAUGUAUUACAGGCACUAUUAGAAGCUCUGCUCUCUAUUUACACAUGUUUAGAUUUAUCCCAGAAGAGCUGGGUAUCAAAUUUGCAUGCAGGUGUCUCUCUCUAGCAUUCAUAAUGAACAUAUAUGCAGAAAACUGAUUGUCAACUUGUAAAAGCACCUCAGACGUACUGUAUGUCUGAUUUUCUAUCUUGAUUUUUAUGUAGCUUCAACGAGCGUUAACAAUGUGCAUACAAUGCGGAAUUAGAGAAUAUGGAUAUUCGUUGGUUGUGGAAUUGUAAAGUUCUGCAACUUCAGACAUUUUGUAAAGUCACUGUUUUGCAUUUCAAAGAGACCUGUGUGACAUUUUGGAUGGACAAAGAUAGUCAGUGCUGCUUCUGUGUUGUCAGACCACAACAAAGACCUGAAAGAGUUGAAAAAAAACAAUAAUAAUAAUAAUGUUGACUCAUUAAAAGAAGGAUGCCUUUGUUUUUUUCACAUUUUGACAAACACAUGUAGAUGGCCUGCUUAUUCAAUGUUAAACUGUGGAGUCUUGAGUGAUUUGCACAAUAUUAUUGGUCAGUAAGAAAGAGAUGACGAAGCAAACAGCUGAAGUACGUCUGUUUUAAGAUAAUUACUUUUUACUGCUACUGACUGUAACUCAUUUGCAAAAUGUAGUGAGUCGGUUAUGUGUGGAGAAUGUAAGAGUUAUGUAUCACUUCAAUGUAAGAGACGGUCUAUAUUGUAAUAUUUUCAAAUCCACUGGCUCUGACUGUAUUUUACUUUAGUAGUAUUGAUGUGUGUGUGUAUGUGUGUGUGUGUGUUCUGAAUUGUGUUACUGCACAUGAAUGACUUUUUUCUGUAACAUCUCAGAAAUCAGAAUCUUCAAAUCUAGACUUUGCCGAAUGUUUCUAUCAUGUCACGAGAAAUACAAUAAAUGAAAUGGAGUCACUUUGA